AUGAGCCGGCUCCAAGGCCAUGCUAGUCUCCGACAAGCCCUUCCACCACUGUGUGUUGGUGGAAACCAUACCACCACCUCUACUAUAAACCUAGAGAGAUACUUGGGCAAUUUGAGCCCAUGGAAAGAUUUUUUCGAUGAUGUCAAGGCCUUUGAACCCGAGUAUGGGUGGUCCCGGAGGAUCCUGCGGCCCGCCCUUAAGAGCAGGCCUACGGAUCCAGAGCUUUUUGUUGUUGGUGAUGAGCAUGGAAUCCAGGGCCGCUUCCAACAGCAAGUGGGACAGGUCGUUGGAGCGGUCUUGGAUGUCCAGGAGGUUGAAAUUGCUUUUGCCGACUUUAAAGCUGCAGAUAUUUCGACCAUUUACCCUGAAUACAGCCAUGUGCCCGACGUGGCACUGAUCUCGACAAAUCGUACGACCUUCCAUCAUUUGAAAGCUAUUGGAGAACUAAAAACGCCCUGGGUUCGUGCUCAUAGCCUUCUGAAAUGUGUUGAGGACAAACGGUGGCUUAGCAGCUUGUUGGGUCAGUGCAUUGGCUAUAUGUUAGACCUUCGCGUUAUGUAUGGGUUUAUGUCUAGCUAUGGUGAGACUAUCUUCCUCCGGCAGGUUUCAAACGGCAACGAGUGGGUGAUAGAGUACUCUCCAAUUGUAGAGAGUAGCUUUGUAGGUUCUAAUGAAGCUAGAGGAGAAGAGCCUCCAUCUGUUCGAGAGUGCUUUAUGUAUCUUAGUAGUCUAGCGGCUAAGCAACCUCCUGUAGACAACUUCACCCCCCGUGAUGAGUGGAUCGGUCAAUAA